AUGGCGGCGAUGGCAGUGUUCCACAGCAGAACAGGGACACUUGUCACACUGAGCAAUGGCAAUCGUACCGCCCAGAGAAACCAUCCCACUCAGGAAUUUAACAACGGAGUUGUACUAAGCGCAGAUGCGUUGCGGGAUAACCAGAUUUUUGAAGUCAAAAUUGAUAAAAAGGUUAAUUCUUGGAGUGGUUCUAUUGAAAUUGGAGUGACGACAUGUGACCCCAACAACCUCAGCUUCCCCAUCAGUGCCACUGGAUUUCGUGAAGGCACAUGGGUCAUGUCAGGAAGCUCCAUCCUCAAGGAUGGACACUCAAUGAUCGAGGAAUAUGGGCGGGACUUGGACCAACUAUCCGAGGGAGAUCGUGUCGGGGUCAUGAGAUCGUCCCAGGGUGUUUUACACUUCUAUGUGAAUGGAAUGGACCAAGGUCCCGCUGCUACUGGUAUUCCUUCUCGAGUGUAUGCCGUUGUUGAUAUGUAUGGGAAAUGUGCACAGGUGUCAAUAGUGGACUCAAAUAGCAGGGAUGCAGCCUGUGCUGUGAAUGCCGCCAGAAUAACCAAUGACAUUGCCAAUGAGCUUGCAAACGAGUUCCUCGCGGAGUUAUCCAAUCAGAUUGCCAAUGACCUGGCUGCCAGUCGGGAUUUCGGGGCUGGAGUGGAUGAUGAACGGCAUCAUUCUAAUGACCGGCUUACAUUUCAUGAACGCUGUGGAACGCUUGUCAAGCUGAGCAACAGCCGCCGUACAGCUGAACGCCGACGACCUAUGGAUGAGUUCAAUAAUGGAGUUGUCAUGACCAACCGGCCUUUGAGAGAUGAGGAGGUGUUUGAGAUUCGGCUAGACCGCCUCGUGGACAAGUGGUCGGGGUCUAUAGAGGUGGGCAUCACGACACACAACCCCAACAACCUGGAGUUCCCUGCCACCAUGACCAACAUGAGGUCAGGCAGCACUGCUGGUGAGGCCCGUCGCAAUACUGCACCUGGGACAAUAAUGAUGAGUGGGUGUGGCAUUCUGACCAAUGGCAAGGGAACAAGGAGGGAGUACGGCCAGUACAACCUGGAUGAACUCACGGAAGGAGAUAUUAUUGGUCUGGUCAGGAAGAAUUGUGGCGCCCUUCAUUAUUUCAUCAACGGCGUGGAUCAGGGCAUCGCCGCGCCAAGCACACCCAGACCGGCAUGGGGCGUGGUGGACCUGUACGGAAUGGCUGUGAAAGUGACAAUGCUGGACCGAGCGGACCCAGCGUACCCCAACAACCCCCCGGUCCCAGAGCGGCGGGCAAACAGCAUCUUCCGUCAGUACCCCGAUAUGUAUGAUGAAGAACCAUUGGAAGAGGAGGAUGGGGAGAAGCUGCUGUUCAACCCACACUGUGGAGCUCACGCUGCCGUCAUCAACAGCCACCGAACUGCCCACAGGCCAAAUGCUCUUGAUGACUUCAACAAUGGUGUUGUGCUUACAAAUCGAUGUUUGCGUGCUAAUGAAGUUUUCGAAGUUCGACUCGAGAGAAUGGUUGACAAGUGGGCGGGGUCUAUUGAGAUCGGGGUGACGUUACACUCCCCUGAGGAGCUGGACUAUCCCUCCACGAUGACCAACAUUCGCUCCGGCACCUGGAUGAUGACAGGGAAUGGCGUCAUGCACAACGGAACCACCAUUAUUGAUGAAUAUGGUCAAAACUUGGAUCGCUUAAAGGUAGAUGUGGGAGACAGAGUGGGCGUGGUACGCAAACCAGACGGGACUCUGCACUUCUUCGUCAAUGGUGUUGACCAGGGUCCAGCUGCAUCCAGUGUUCCCGAGAUGGUGUACGGGGUCAUUGACCUGUAUGGCCAGGCAGCACAGGCUACAAUAGUUGACCAGUCAGAAGUGCUGAGUUCUCCUGACCUGGAGUCCAGUGUCUUCACCGAUGUUGACGAUGUGCGGUUCCACCACCUGCACGGUCACAAUGCCACCGUCCUCAACAACGGCAAGACUGCCGCCAGACCAAACGCUACGGGAGAGUUCAAUGAUGCAAUCGUGAUGAGCAGUCGUCCGUUGAGAGACAACGAACUGUUCGAGGUGGUCAUUGAGAGGAUGGUUGACCGGUGGUCAGGGUCGAUCGAAGCAGGUGUCAAUGGGUGCACACCUACCUGGCCAGAUCAUGUCACGUCCCUGAAACAACACGGGGUGAAACUUGGUGUGACUCUCAUUAAGCCCGAGGACUUGGACUUCCCCAACACCAUGACCGACAUCGAGUACGACACGUGGAUGCUCAGUGGGUCCGCGAUCAUGCAGGAUGGUUCGACAAUCAGAAACGGGUACCCACUUGAUCUGGAUGCCAUCGUGGUGGGGUCACGCAUCGGGAUGAUGAGAUGCUCUGAUGGCAGCCUACACUUCUUCCUGAAUGGAGAGGACCAGGGCGUGGCAUGUCAGGACAUAGCCCCAGGUGUGUAUGCCGUGGUGGACCUGUACGGGCAGUGUGCCCAGGUGAGCAUCACCAGCGGCUCAGGUGUGUUGCCCACCGACAACCAUAUCGUCAUCGCGGACAUAGAACAGAGUCUCUCAUCUGCUCUUAAUUCAGAAAUAACGCACAGAUUUAGUAACUGCUGUGGAAAGAAUAUUGUGAUAAAGAACAAUGGCUGCACUGCGAACCGAGUGAGGAACUUCAACCACGGGGUGGUGUUCAGCUCCGAGCCACUUAAGUAUGAUGAGCUGUUUGAGAUGAAGGUAGAGGAGGUGUCCAACCAGUGGUCUGGCUCGAUACACAUCGGCCUGACAACCAUGGCCAUCUCGGACUCCACCCCGCUCUCACAGAUCCCGGCCAGUGCCGAGGACAUCACCUCCAAGGUCACAUGGAUUGUGUCGGGGUCGGAGGUCAAGAAGUCGGGCAAAACUAUCAAAGAAAACUAUGCCCCUUCCCUGGAGAGAUUAGAGGUGGGAAACAGAAUCGGUAUCCGCAGGUGUUCUGAUGGCACUCUUCAUAUCUACCUGAAUGGGGAGGACCUUGGAAUAGCUGCUUCCAACAUUCCAAAGAAUGUGUUCGCUGUGAUAGACCUGUAUGGAUCGGUGGAGUCAGUCAGUAUUAUCAGCAGUGCAAUAGCUGAAACCCCAAGCACCCCCAAGUCUCCUCCCGUCAUCCUGGACCAGGUAGAUUCCCAGGCUGAUCGAGACCAGGACCACGACACCAUGGCAGCAAGUAUCACCAGUUUCCAAGGCAACCAUGGGAAGAAUAUUCUGCUGAGCAACAACAACCUGACAGCUCGGCGGGUGGCCAGCUACAACCAGGGCAUCGUGGUGUCCCACAAACCCCUCACACGCAAGAAGCUCUUUCAGGUUCGGAUCGACAAGCUGAACCCCCGCUGGAGCGCCUCCAUGAUGCUGGGCGUCCUUGGCUUCUCCUGCGACCGCUACAACUUCCCCGUCUCAGCCAUCAGUAUUAAAAAGUCAUCACUAGUCAUACAUGGAGACUCUGUCUUCUCCUGUGGGUGCAAGGUGCGAGACCUGUUGUCCUGCAACUUGGACAGCGUCCAGGUGGGGCAGUAUGUGGGGCUACUGGUGGAUGACGAGAACUGCCUCCACCUCUACAUCAACGGGGUCGACCAGGGAGUAGCAGUCAAAGACGUUCCCACGCCUUGUUUCGGAAUGGUCGACUUGUACGGCCAGUGUGAACAGGUGACGAUAGUCAGCGAGGAAGGGAACAUGCCGCCCCUCAACGUGGGCGACGACCGAGAGAAGGCAGACAUUGAUGAUGUGGUGAAGGAGAAGCAGGGAGGCAGGAUGGUGUGUGACCUGUCGGUCAUGAGGAACUGUGAAUAUCAGAAUCUUUGCUCAAGACUACGCACAUCACUGGGCUUGCCAGAUGGGUAUUUCGACAUGCAGUACAACAUGUGUUACUGUGAGACCUGUCAUAAGAUGAGGGGAGACGACUUCUACGUGCGGAGGGGGGACCCCCCAAGUGAUUACGCUGUACCCUUCGGCUGGUGCAGAUUUGUGCUCAGAGCUCCCUGUAAAGCGCACUCACUGAAUGUGUUUGAGAAGUGGCACGCGGCCUACCAUGGGACCAGGGUGGAGGUGGUGAGACGGAUACUGGACUACGGUGACCUCUUACUGCCAGGUGACCCAGUCGGGGGGAAGAGCAUCCUCAUUCCACAGCCACAGGUGUUCACAGAGAAAGCCAAGCCAGACAGCUUUGGGGGGCAGCAGAUCUUCUUCUCCCCCACAAUACGCUACGCAGGAGCCUCCGAGUUCGCCCCAAAACACAGAUUUACAGACCUGAAAACAAAGAAGCUGUACCAGGCUCGAGUCGCAUUCCAGGUGUGGGUGAAGCCAGGGUCUUACAAGGUCGGCCCACAGACCAUUGAGGCGAGUGACCCCAUCGAUCCCAAGUUUAACAACAGUGAGCUGGAGUGGUCCACGAAGGAGCGGGGCUCCACCAUGUUGUAUGCCUUGCUGUUGAGGGUGGAAUGAACAAGGCGGUGUGUGUGUGUGUGAGAGAGACCUUGAAUCAACUAUGGACGUGUGUCCAUCCAUAUGGCUGUGAUCCAACUAGGAGACUUGGUUUACCUUACAUCUACUUAUCUGAACGUGUAUACUGUUGAGGUGGAUUGUCGGGCAGACAGCUGGAACACCUGCUUGAUAUUCUACUGAAGCCCAUACCUCACAUCCUCUGGGUCAUGUUUCGAACAAAGUGGCAAUCUGUGUGGCCAACAGAGUAGAGCCAGGGGAUAAUGAUGUACUUCAGUCAAUCCUCAGACUUAUUCCUGAAGAUCCUGAGGUCUUGAUGCCAAUUGUACUCCAGAGAAAUAUUAGUGAAUCCAUUCUUGGAGGAUGUAUGAAGGAUAUUCAGAGGACAUUUAAGACAUACAGGAGGUCCGGAGGAAAUAGCCCAGGGCUUGGAUUCCAAACAUUGCCAACAUUGUAAGGGGGAUCUUUCAGGUAGUGAUUUCACGGUCACGUUACGGAGGCAAAGCACGACAAGGCAAGCUUAGCACAAAGAUGAUCGUAACUCCCAUACAUUUAACAUAGACUUGGAAGUCGGAGCGCUAAGAUCGCUUUGUAGAACGGAGCCCUGGUACAUCGGCCUGCCUGACUGACCCCCACAAGCUGAGAGCAUCAAUGAAUCAGGAGGUUGGGGUUCUUGUAGUCAGAACCAAAGAACAGCGUAACUCAGGACCUUACAAAAACCUGCGACCAUUCUGAUAUAGCCCUGAGAUACCCCUGCAAACACCACCACACAAAGUGUCCUGGGCAAGGAUCAGUAUCAGUCAGAGAAGCUGUGUUCUGCAACUGAUCUAGAGAUGGCUGGAACUUGGUGUUACCAUGGUUACUUACCCAUCGUGAAACAAAGCCUUUGUUCUCUACAUCAAGGAUACAAUGUCUCAAGCCUGUUUUUGACCUCCUGUCUCGUCUGUACAUUGACCAAUGCUGAUACGAUUACUGCAGCUGAUCUUCCAUCUUCAAUAUUGACCGGAAUUUCUCCAUCAUUUCAACCAAAACUCAAGCAAAUCAAAUAUUGGUGUUGUGUUCCUGGUAUGGCUAGAUGUACUUCACAGGCUUAAUGUUGUAGUGUCACAGUGUGAGAAAUGUACAGCCUCCAUGAAAGGCCCUGCUUCGUCAGCGAGAGGACAACUACCAGCAUCUCAGACUCGUCAAUCUUGUGAUACUCUGUUCUGAGGAACGCCAUGUUGAUCAUUUCUGAACACUUUUAAAGCAAAGACCAUUUUGUUUUCAGUAUGUUCUUGAAGACUUUAAAUUGUAUGAAUGUAAAAGAAACAUGUUCUACUCCAGUGUUUUUUGUUCAAAUGCUGGAAUUCAACUUGUUGGAUGCUGAUACAAUGUGGCUCCUUUAAAAGCAUGCCUGUUGCAUAUAUAUAUAUAUAUUGUCUGUGAAUUUUCUGUGGUGCAUAGCCACCGGUGAAGUUGCAUUGUUGAUAUAUGCGAGAUGUGUUUAUUUAUUUUGUGUGACUGUCUGUGGAAUGAAAGGUUGCUGAACUCACGGAACUGUUGUCAAUGAAACAUGUAGAAUUGUCAAAGACUAUGGAACCAAAUAGUAUACUUGUGAACGUGAAAAUGGGGCAUCUUGGAGGACGAGACUUGAUGUGAUUCACAGAAGAUGUUUUCCAUGGACUGUUACAAGCUGGAACUGUUUUCCACAGUCUGUAUUUGCUGUAAUCUUCAUAGUUCUCUUUACCUCAAGUCAAGAGCCCCAGAGAUAGUCUCAACUGGUUCACUGAAUCUUGCAAAAAUAAUGUGUAUCUGUUUUCUGAAGAUCAUGGGAGCCACAAAUGUCUGUGCAGAGUUGCUUCCCUUUGUCUUUGAAAGAUCCAUUCUCACUGUGUUCAUAUCCCACUUUCCCUCGAUUCUGAACAUUAGUUUGCCAGCACCGUACAGUGUUCAAGGGUUAAAGCUAUGUGUCUAGGACCUGUGACACUUUAUGGUUUUCUCCGAACUUGCAGACACGCCAUCAUGACAAUAAGAUCUUAGUUGUUGCUACCAUGAAGCAAAGAUCUGAGAACAUCCCAUUACAGGUCACGACAGAAUGACCUUUCAUCCGACCAACCAGAGCAUAUCUGACCAGAAACUGACAGUGGAAAUGUGUUUUUUAAUCAUGCAACCUCGAAAAAGAGCUACAGGCUUUAUGACUGAAUCAAUACAAUUUAGGACAGCUCUUAGUCAUUCCAGAAUGGCCUUUUGUUCUUUUUUCAAAUUUUUAUCAAGAACUUGUCAAAAUAUGUUUCACAGCAUAGUUGCCAAUUUAAAACUAGUGCCUUAAGGUACUAGUUAAAUAACUACCUUCUGAUUGGCCAAUGUUGACUUCUUUUCAGUCAUUCCAUUGGUUGGUCAAAGUUCGCCGAAGUUCAGUCUGAUGUGACCGUAAUGGGAUGUCCUCAGAUCUUUGUUUAGAGGUAACGAGAACUGAGAUUUGAAUGAUAUUGGCCAUCAUAAGGUCCUGUUGAACAUAGCGGCUGUGAACCAAAUCCCCCUUUCUUGGAACAUGUUCUACCAGCUGUCCAGUGCAACUGUGUGAUGUCAAGUAGAACAAGCAUCUGUUCCGCGUUUGUUGUCAUGCUGCAUGAUAUGCCCUCAGGUAAUGUGAGUCAGGAAUCCCAGCCAGUGAAUCUUUCAUCCUAUGUGUUGAUGAAGGGAACACGUUCAGUUUCUAUAAAAGAUGUGUUCAGUAAUCAAACUUAAUCUUCAACAUUCAAUUUCUAGAUGCCAACUAUGAACCUUGGUGAAAGCACAGGAAAAUAAUUGUAUACAUUAGCAGAUUGUGCAAUGUUGAUCUGUUGGCAGUACCCUGUGCAAAGAGAAUGUAUGUCAGCUGAGAAAGGGAGAUAACUCCAAACCCCAGAUUUGUGUUUUCCUCCGAUGACCCUGACCUAAAUUUGCCCCAAAUCAAUUCUGCAAACUUUUUCAAUCUCCAUUGUCAACCUGCUAUUCUUGUCUUUCAAAUCCUAUAGUCACCGUCAUGGCUGGAUUACUUGAAAAUAAGUAAUUUCCAAAUACUUAGAUGAAAACCGUAAUGUCUGAAGAAGUUUUUGAACCUGUAAUAGUUUUUAAGCUCACCUUAUUGAAAGUCAAGUGAGCUUACGUUGUGGCGUGUCGUCAGGUCAUCCGUCCUUAUCUUUUCAUGUUCAGCCUCUCUUCUGAAACUAUAAGGCCUAUAAAGCUGAAACUUUGUGUGAAUGACCCCAGCUAUAGUGUCUCUAAGCAGCAAUUAGAAAACUAAUCAUGGCAUGAACAUUCUUGUUAAGGGUUCCUGUGGUCCCUGUCAGCAUGUUCAUGAAGCGUGCAGGUGAUUGUUAAACUCCUUGUUAGGACCCCACGACAUUGUACAGAACCGUGUACCAUGCAUUGUAAAGAUCAACUCGUGAAGGAGUUUGGCGCAUAUGCAACAGCACCAGAUGACAUAUUUCUGCACGCAUCACACAAAGGCGGCUCAAACACUACAAAUACAGGCUGCAUAGAGUUCUGGUUUAUAUUAUUCUUAUGUUGGGGGCACAGGUGGCCCAGUCGUCUAAGGCACCACGAUUCGCUGUGGGCACACCAGAAACCUAUGAUUGUUGGUUCGAAUCCCGGUUCGCCCUGUUUAUGUUUCUAGGUUUGUCAGCACCAUACCUGU